AUGCUCACUCCACAGGAGCUCCUCUCGCUGCAAGGCCCAGUGGCUCGGGUGGUGCAGGGAGCUGCACGGCGUUCAAAUUGUCUCACUCUCCCCCUUCCCCUGACUGCCCCUUUUGAGGCGCCUCAAAAGUCGUUCAAAUUGUCUCACUCUCCCCCUUCCCCUGACUGCCCCUCUCACACGCGCCCCUCUCACACGCGCCCCUCUCACACGCGCCCCUCUCACACGCGCCCCUCUCACACGCGCCCCCGUGUCCCAUUCGCCCAGCGCAUGGAGCACAUGCUCACGCCACAGGAGCUCCUCUCGCUGCUAGGUGUAGUGGCUUGGCGCAUGGAGCACAUGCUCACGCCACAGGAGCUCCUCUCGCUGGGAGGCUCUGCUGACGCCGCUGCUGCUACUGCCUCUGCUGCUGCUGCUGUUGCUGCGGCUGCUGCUGCUGCUGCAGGAAAGAAAGGCAAGGGCAAGGGCAGUGGCAGUGGCAGUGGCGCUGGCAAGUCCAAUGGCUUGGGCGGUGCAGGGGGCGGCAAGCCACUCAAGUUUGCGUAUGAAUGGCCGGCGAUGGGUGUCCCGGGCGGCAAGUGGGUGGCUGACCAUGCACUGCCUUGGACGGCUGCUGCUGCGAAUAAGGACGAAGACAAGGAAAAGGAGAAGGAUAAGGGUAAAGGACAUGGCACGGUCAAGGGUAAGGAUAAGGCGAAGAGUAAAGAGAAGGACAAAGAGCAGGAUGGGGAGAAGGAGGUGGAUGCAUGGGAGGGGUUCAAGGGGCGGUUGAAGGCGCAUUGGGGGAGAGUGGUGGGGGAGGAUUAUGAACCGUUGCUGAGAGUGACGCAAGGGGGCGGAGUCAGCAGCAGCAGCGAUAAUAAGGCUGCUUUUGAGACGUCUCAUAAGGCUGCUAAAAGCAGCAGGAGCAGCGUGAAUGGGGACAGUGAGGGGGCUGGGAAGCGGAAGCGGGGGAGGAAGGGUCUGGUGGCAGCUGCAGGGGGGGAUGGAUCGGUGGAUGGAGCAGCAGCUGUGACAUCGCCAGAGGAAGCAGCCUUGGGGACGUUGGCAUCGAGCAAUGAUGGGUUUGCGAGCGCCCAUCAGCGCCAGUUCUUCUCCCUCUGCACGUCAUACACGGAUGUGCUGCACUCGCGCCGUCCAUGCGCCCAGUCCAAGUUCGGCUCGCCUCUGGGCGCACAGGCGCUCACUUUUCCCUCCGUCUCCCCUCCCCUUCCCCGCCUUAUCCCCACCCCCGCAGGCACGUCAUACACGGAUGUGCUGCACUCGCGCCGUCCAUGCGCCCAGUCCAAGUUCGGCUCGCCUCUGGACGCCCAGGCACUCACCGACGCCUACCUGCUGCACGCGGUACGGCCCCUUAUCAGCCCUUAUCAGCGUGCACCUGCUCUCAUCGGUGCUGCUGCAUGCUCCUACCUCCCAUUUCUUGUCAACUACGCCGCCCAGUCCAAGUUCGGCUCGCCUCUGGAUGCCCAGGCAAUCACCGACGCCUACCUGCUGCACGCGCUGAACCACGUCUUCCAUACACGCGAUCGCAUCACCAAGAACAACGACAAGCUCAACCGCGCCUCUGCUGCUGCUGUUGCUGCUGCCGACGCUGCUGAUGCUGCCGCUGGUGCAAAAGGGAAGAAGAGGAGAACAGGUGGUGGGGAGAAGGGUAGGAGUCAAGGGGGUAAUGCAGCAGCUGCAGCUGCUAAAGGCUCAGAAACAGGUGGGAAAGAAGAGGGUCAAGGAGAGAAGGGGAAGACGGCAGAGGGCAGGGAGGAGGGGGGGCAUGGCGAGCAAUGGGAGCAGGGGGAGCAGGCGGAGCAGGGGGAGCAGGCGGAGCAGGGGGAGCAGGCGGAGCAGGGGGAGGAGGGGCAGGAAGGGGAGGAGGGGGAGCAGGGGGAGCAGGCGGAGAAGGGGAAGAAGGAUGAGGAGAUGGAAGAGGGAGGGACAGAGAGUGUUCUUUUCAAGAAGGGAGGAAAAGGAGGGAAGAAGGAGAGGAAGGGGCCAGGCGGGGUGGUGGUGGAUGGGAAGGAGUUAGUGGAGGUGGAAAGUAUCCCCAGGGACCAGGGCUUCACGCGGCCCAAGGUUCUCGUUCUCCUGCCGUACCGCAAUGCUGCUCUGAGCGUGGUGCAGCGGCUGUUACGUGUCACGCCCCCGCAAUCCAAGACCAGCAGGGGGGUGGUGGAUGGGAAGGGGCUGGUGGAGGUGGAGAGUAUCCCCAGGGACCAGGGCUGCACGCGGCCCAAGGUGCUCGUCCUCCUGCCACACCGCAAUGCUGCACUGAACGUGGUGCAGCGGCUGCUGCGAGUAACGCCUCCCCAGUCCAAGGUCUUCACUCGCCCUGAAGUUCUCGUCCUACUGCCGUAUCGCAAUGCUGCACUGAACGUGGUGCAGCGGCUGCUGCGAGUGAUACCGCCCCAGUCCAAGGUCAGUGCUGCAUCCGCCCCUUCCAAGGUCAGUGCUGCAUCCGCCCCUUCCAAGGUCAGUGCUGCAUCCGCCCCUUCCAAGGUCAGUGCUGCAUCCGCCCCUUCCAAGGGCAGUGCUGCAUCCGCCCCUUCCAAGGUCAGUGCUGCAUCCGCCCCUUCCAAGGUCAGUGCUGCAUCCGCCCCUUCCAAGGUCAGUGCUGCAUCCGCCCCUUCCAAGGUCAGUGCUGCAUCCGCCCCUUCCAAGGUCAGUGCUGCAUCCGCCCCUUCCAAGGUCAGUGCUGCAUCCACCCCUUCCAAGGUAGCAGUGGAGCAUUUAGAUCGCCUUCUUGCUGAGUUUGGCGAGGAGGAGAGCGAGGAGGAGAGUGAGGAGGAGGACGAGGAGGAGAGGAGAAAGGCGAGGGAGAGGAAGAGGAGAAAGCAGCAGCAGCAGGUGGGGCGUGGGCUGUCAUGGGAGGCAGAGGAAGUGGAGGACGGAGGGGAGGAGGAAGGAGGAGGAAGAGUCAGGGGAGAGGGUGGAGAUGAGGGUGAUGCAGCGGUAGCAGAGGCGGCAGCAGCAGUGCUGCGGAAGGGGCUGAAGCCGGUGGAUCACCGGGCCAUGUUUGCCGGCAACAAUGACGACCACUUUCGACUCGGCAUCAAGUUCACCAAGUGCGGCUUCACAUGCGGUUCGCUCUCACUUGCCGCCUUCACUUGCCGCCUUCACUUGCCGCCUUCACUUGCCGCCUUCACUUGCCGCCUUCACGUGCCGCCUUCACUUGCCGCCUUCACUUGCCGCCUUCACGUGCCGCCUUCACUUGCCGCCUUCACGUGCCGCCUUCACUUGCCGCCUUCACGUGCCGCCUUCACUUGCCGCCUUCAUGUGCCGCCUUCACUUGCCGCCUUCACGUGCCGCCUUCACUUGCCGCCUUCACUUGCCGCCUUCACUUGCCGCCUUCACUUGCCGCCUUCACUUGCCGCCUUCACUUGCCGCCUUCACUUGCCGCCUUCACGUGCCGCCUUCACGUGCCGCCUUCACUUGCCGCCUUCACUUGCCGCCUUCACGUGCCGCCUUCACUUGCCGCCUUCACUUGCCGCCUUCACUUGCCGCCUUCACUUGCCGCCUUCACUUGCCGCCUUCACUUGCCGCCUUCACUUGCCGCCUUCACUUGCCGCCUUCACUUGCCGCCUUCACUUCCCCAACCUUCACUUCCCCAACCCCUCUCCCCUCACUCUCCCCCUUCUCGCUCAUCCCAUCAUGCUGACUCGGAAUGAAGAUCCGCUCAUCUUCCCUAACCCACUCUUGCCCCACCUGCCCAUCUGUACCUACUUGUACCCACAUGUACCCACCUGCACCCACCUGCAGAAGCUGGGGGAGGCUAUGGAGGACAGUGAAAAGGACAUGGACUUCCUCUCCUCCAUUGAGAUUGUCAUCGUGGACCAAGCUGACGUCAUCCUCAUGCAGAACUGGGCUCACGUGGAGGCGGUGUUUGCACAGCUGAACAAGCUGCCAGUGAAGCAGCACGGCACCGACUUCAUGCGCGUGCGCGAGUGGUACCUGAACGGGUGGGCGGGGCACUACAGGCAGUCCAUUGUUCUCUCCGCCUUCUCCCACCCCUCCAUCAACGCUCUUUUUCACCGAUCCUGCUGCAACUUCUCAGGCAAGGUGAAGCUUCGUUCAGAGUAUGCGGGGGUGCUGGCGCUGGUGGUGCCACAGGUGCAGCAGGUGUUUGACCGCGUUGACUGCAGCGCCAUCACAGCAGCAGCAGAGGCGCGCUUCCAGUUCUUCGUCUCAACCAUCUUCCCGCGCCUUCGGGACUCCGUCCAGGGGGGCGUGCUGGUGUACACGCAGUCCUACUUUGAGUUUGUGCGCCUCCGAAACUUCUUCAAGCAGGAGAACCUCUCCUUCUGCCUCCUCUCCGAGUACACGGACGAGCGCAACGUGCACCGGGCGAGGGCGUGGUUCUUCCAGAACCGGCGGCGCAUCAUGCUGUACUCGGAGCGAUCGCACUUCUACCAUCGUUACCGGGUCGGUACCCACGCCCACCCCACUCACUUGCUGCUUUAA